UGUAAGCGGUUUGCCGUUGUCAAUUUCGAUUUCCCACAUGGAAAAUUUCAGUUAAAUAUGUAACUCUUAGCAUAAUAUAAAAAACAAAAGACAAGAACAUGUGCUGGCGCAAUGCCGACAAAAAUAGUUAACAUACCUAACAAGAAGCAUUUCUUGAGAAACAUGGAUGCUAUUUUUCCACCGAGGAACCAGAUGAUUAUCGCGGCCAUAGCGAGUAAUGAUCCUCUUGUGAAAGCGAUAAGAAGCUGCUGUGGGUAUAAAAAGCGAUGCGUUCUGCAGAGAAUUCAUACUUAAAAUCAAUACCUUGCAAGAUGAAGUUGUUGGCUGUUCUUUUCGCCGUUUUGGCCGUCGUCCUGAUGACUGCCGUUCCAGUUUUCGGCAACUUGCCGCAGUGCCAACCAAGUACCACCGCCGACGCCGCUCAAGGCGGUAGCUAUCCGAUCACAGUGCUGGGGUACCAGGGAAGACAAAAUCCCAGAAAUAGGGGUUAAUAAAUCAUAAAUAGAAAAGAAUCCACCUCAUGUGAAAGUAAACAGCGAAUUCUAAAAUCGUAA